CUGCUGUUUCACGCGUUGCAUUAUGAUGGAUCCGGCUAAUCGCGGCUAUCACACAUCCAUCGCAGAUUAGGAGGCUUGCCACAUCCAAAAGACAACCGAAAGAAAACCACAAAAAGCCCCCUUCGGCCGCUUCACCCGCCUCGGAAUCUACAAACCCGCCUCUCAACAUCGUUUCUCACAAGUAGCACAAUGGCUGAUCAACUGACAGAAGAGCAAAUUGCCGAGUUCAAGGAGGCAUUCUCCUUGUUCGACAAAGAUGGCGAUGGCACCAUUACCACCAAGGAACUCGGCACCGUCAUGAGGUCUCUUGGACAGAACCCUACCGAGGCCGAACUGCAGGACAUGAUCAACGAGGUCGACGCUGACGGCAACGGAACCAUCGACUUUCCCGAAUUCCUCACCAUGAUGGCUCGCAAGAUGAAGGACACCGACUCCGAGGAAGAGAUCAAGGAGGCCUUUAAGGUCUUCGACAAGGACGGUAACGGUUUCAUCUCUGCUGCCGAGCUUCGCCACGUCAUGACCAAUCUUGGAGAGAAGUUGACCGACGAGGAGGUCGACGAGAUGAUCCGGGAAGCAGAUGUUGACGGUGACGGUCAAAUCAACUACGAGGAAUUCGUCAAGAUGAUGAUGUCCAAGUAAAUACGCAUCAAGCCAUCGAUUCCGCAAUACUGAUACGAGGGGUUUUCAAGCCCUCGCCUCGGCAUCACUGUCCACGGUGUCGGGGUCCAACGAAAACUCUAUCUCGCGCAAGCCGUGAUUGAGAGCUCCCCGUUGCAUCUUGGCCUACACAAUAAUCUUGUAAAGAGCCGUCUUUCGGCUGUCACACCUACUUUCCGUCCCACCGUGCUUGGAAAUCCUUGCAUUCCGGAGUAUCCUUCCUCCCCUCAACGCUUGUUUUGUAGUUGUGAUGUUCCUUUCCUACUUAUACAAUACACCCCUGCUUGUCUACUGUGAAACUUGGGCAUUUCCGACAU